CUACGUUCCCUUUCUAUUUUUUCUCUAUAAACAAAAACUUGUAAUCUGUGCAUUAAAACUUGCUCCUUAAACAUGUGUGGAAUUUUGGCUGUUUUGGGCUGUUCUGAUGAUUCCCAAGCCAAAAGAGUUCGUGUCCUUGAACUUUCACGAAGGUUGAAGCACCGGGGUCCGGAUUGGAGUGGGCUAUAUCAAUAUGGUGAUAAUUAUUUGUCUCAUCAACGACUCGCGAUUAUUGAUCCUGCUUCGGGUGAUCAACCGUUGUUUAACGAAGAUGAAACGAUCGUUGUAACGGUUAAUGGCGAGAUAUACAACCAUGAGGCGCUACGAAAGAGCUUGCCCAGUCACACGUUCAAAACCGGUAGCGAUUGUGAUGUUAUCGCCCAUUUGUAUGAAGAACAUGGUGAAAAUUUCGUUGAUAUGUUGGAUGGAAUGUUUUCGUUCGUGUUAUUGGAUACACGCAACAAUACUUAUAUUGCUGCUCGUGAUGCCAUCGGGAUCACGUCGCUCUAUAUCGGAUGGGGACUUGAUGGUUCGGUAUGGAUUUCAUCAGAAAUGAAAGGUUUGAAUGACGAUUGUGAGCAUUUUGAGGUGUUUCCACCAGGUCAUUUGUACUCGAGCAAAACAGGCGGAUUUAAGAGGUGGUACAACCCUCCAUGGUUCUCGGAAGUUGUCCCGUCCACACCAUAUGAUCCACUCGUUCUAAGGCGUGCAUUUGAAGACGCUGUAAUUAAACGGCUAAUGACUGAUGUACCCUUCGGGGUUCUCUUGUCAGGAGGGCUAGACUCGUCGUUGGUUGCUUCUGUCACGGCUCGUCACUUGGCUGGUACGAAAGCAGCUAGGCAGUGGGGAGCUCAACUUCAUUCCUUCUGUGUUGGCCUUGAGGGUUCCCCUGAUCUCAAGGCAGGACGAGAAGUCGCCGAUUAUUUGGGAACCGUUCAUCACGAGUUCCAUUUCACCGUACAGGAUGGUAUUGAUGCAAUAGAAGAUGUGAUCUACCAUAUCGAAUCAUACGACGUGACCACGAUUAGGGCCAGCACACCGAUGUUUCUAAUGUCCCGUAAAAUCAAGUCUUUGGGCGUGAAAAUGGUUAUCUCUGGUGAAGGCUCAGAUGAGAUCUUUGGCGGAUACCUGUACUUUCACAAGGCGCCCAACAAGGAAGAGUUUCAUCGUGAAACCUGUCACAAGAUAAAAGCACUUCAUCAGUAUGAUUGCUUGAGAGCAAAUAAGUCAACAUCAGCAUGGGGUUUGGAAGCCAGAGUCCCGUUUUUAGAUAAAGACUUCAUCAACAUAGCGAUGAGCAUCGACCCUGAAGCUAAAAUGAUCAAUAUGGAUAAAAAGAGAAUUGAGAAAUGGAUUCUAAGACGCGCUUUUGAUGAUGAAGUUAACCCGUAUUUGCCAAAGCAUAUCUUGUAUAGACAGAAGGAACAGUUCAGUGAUGGUGUCGGGUAUAGCUGGAUCGAUGGACUCAAAGCUCAUGCUGAACUACAUGUAACCGACAAGAUGAUGCUUCAUGCGACACAUAUCUUCCCUCACAACACUCCAGUCACAAAAGAAGCCUACUAUUACCGAAUGAUUUUUGAGCGGUUUUUCCCUCAGAAUUCGGCUAAAUUGACUGUCCCAGGUGGAGCAAGUAUAGCUUGCAGCACUGCAAAAGCAAUUGAGUGGGAUGCUUCUUGGUCAAACAAUCUUGACCCUUCGGGCCGUGCUGCACUAGGAGUCCAUAAUGCUGCAUACAAGCAGAAUGCAGCUUCUGGUGGUGCAAUGAACUUGGCACCAACCAUCAUUGAUGAUGUGCCUCGUAUGAGGGAUAUUUCGGCUCCUGGGCUGGCGAUUCGGGGAUAGCAGUUUACCGUUCAAUAAGUUAUAAUACGAGCUGCAGCAUGUUUUUUAUGAUAUGUUGGCUGCUUGCUCAUUUUUCGUAUUUUUUUUAUAUAUAAUUUGUGUGACAAUAACUCAAAUGUAUUGUUUUAUAAGACUAGUAGCAUUUGAUGUAAUCUGUUUACCUUUGUAAAGCUUGGCUUCUUUUCAGUA